UCCACAACCAAAGCCACCACCAUUUCUCCUUUUGUUUUGCGCAAUUCACUCUCCUUUAUCAAAUCCCAAUAACCAUAUUUCCUCUCCUUUCUUCAUAUACUCAUUUCUUUUGCUUUCUCAUGGCAUAGCAAUCAACAAUAUUACUCUUCCUAGCCCCAUUUCCUUGCCUUGAUCAAGGAUCUUUUAGAAGUUUUUGAGCUCAAAAAUUUGAAAAUAUAUGGCAACAAGUGCAACCAAUAGCACCUUGAAGAAGGAGAAGAAGGCCACACCCUCUUCACAUCCUCACACGAGUACUCGCAAGCAAGGAGUUUCAAGACCAGCCAGCCCUUCAUCAGGCUCCACGAAAAAGGAUAAUUCCAGCACCCCAUCAGGAAAACCUAUCCCAAACUACCUUAAGCCUACGUUUAGCUCAAGACCUGAGCCCUUAAAACAAGUUAAGAAAACUAGCCAUGAAGACACCACUCAAAAGCCAGCUCUUCUUAGAAGAAGAUCCUUUGAUAGGCCUCCAUCUCUUCAUCACCAGGUACAAAAACUAGACCCCUCAUCAGAUCCUAAAGAGAGACUGGGUCGGGACAGAAUAAUAGGCACUGCCCGAUCUUCAUCUUUUUCAUCAAAAAAUGUUACUUCACCAAAAACUGUUGUGGACAGGAAUGCCCCAACACAUAAGCCUGGAAAAUCUCACCAGCCACUGACUACAAGGACAAUAGGGAGGAGUAUUAGUCUCUCUAACAAGAAAGUGACCAAUGCUCCUCUUUUGCCGAAGGAGCCAGUUGGUCAUGAUGGAACUCUCAAUUUGGAUCUUGAAACCAUGCUGGAAAGCAAUGAAGAGUCUUUCUUGGCUAAUGAAACUGAAGAGAUACUGAAUGAUGUGAGCGAGGAACAAGUUCCUUCUGGUUCACCAAAGGCUGAAAAUGAGGAACUGCAUAUUGAUGCUGAAGAAACUGGAGUUAACAAUGGUGAAGAUGAGAAGCUCAUCAAGGGUUCUAACAUUCCCACUGUCGCUGGAGGAGAAAUUAAAGUCUCCGCAUUAGCAAAACCAGUUGAAGAAACAGAAACUGAGUUGCAUCAAGAAAACGAAGACCAACUUGAAGGAGAGGAGAACAAUGGCAAAUUAGAAGAAAGCAUCGACGCUAAUGCUAACCCUGAAGAGGGUAUCGCAGAUGAGGCCAAAGUUGAGGCUGUUGAUAAAGAAAGAGCGGAAGAGAACAUUGUGAAAGACAAUGCAGUUUCUGAUGAAGAACUUGUGGGUGAAGAAAAGAAGCAUGAAGACAUGAACCAAGGUAAUGAAGGAAGUGAGGAACUUAAGCCCCAUGAAGGACAAGAUCAGGUAGUGAAAAAUGCUCAUGAAGAAGAAAAAGCACCAGAUGCAGCUGAUUCGCAAAAUAAGCAAGUUGUACAAGGAAACAAGAAGGAAUCUCAUGCUGCAUACAAUGAUGUGAUCGAAGAGACUAAGAAUAAACUACUUGAGGAGAGAAAGAACAAGGUGAAGGCACUGGUUGGGGCUUUUGAGACAGUCAUAGACUAUGAAUCUGGUUCUAAAUAAACCUAACUGAUGACAACAUCCAGACAAUUCUCCACUGAAUUGGAGUAGCUGAAGCUUAUUUAAUUUCAAGGUUGCUGAUGUGUGGAUAUUGUUGUCUUUAGAAAAACAUUGCUGUUAAUGUUCUAGAAUACAUGACUCCAGUUUGUUUUCUGUUUUCCUUUUCAUGAUACAUAGCCACGAACAUGUACUUAAUCUGUGAAUUUUUUGUAUGAAAACGUUUGUUAUAGA